CGCGACUUGAGGAGCACCCAAAAUGCAUCUACUCCAGAUUUCUAUGGUUUUAGGGCUCGCAAUAUGCCUUGUUCAUAAUGUUCACUCCAUGGAUUUUGACUUGAUGAACUUUGCCCGWGAUACGGUGAUGGAGUAUUCCAGUGGUACAGAAAGAACAGUAAACAUUUUACAACCACAGCUCAAAGUCGUAAAUCCCCCGGUAAAUCCAUAUAAACGACGGAACAAAAAAAAAUCGCGAAGAAGACGGCCAGUUGAUGGCCAUGGCGGUGUCGUCGGUGCCGGUGGCGGUGGCGGUGGAUUUCUUAGUAUGCGGAAACAUCGACGUAAAUUCAGAUUCAAGCGUCCCCCAAGUGGAUAUACACAUCGACGUAAAUUCAGAUUCAGGCGUCCCCCAAGUGGCUAUAGAAGGAAUCGCAAGCCACAAACUAAACUAACUUUCAUUACACGAACAAAGACAUAUCGGCGACGUUCAAAGCCGUCUAAUAAAUUCCUGGAAGCAAUGGCAACCAUCGAACGAGCUGUCGCAGAAGCGGAGGUAGCUCGAUCGAGAAUWCGCUACUCCGAUCAGAAGCUCCAAGACAUGAAAAAGACCAUCAAACUAGCAGUACAGAAGAGAAUGUUCCAGUUUGCAAGGCAUCGACUUGGACAAGCGCUAUUCCUCAUUAAAAACCACAAUUCUACUCCAACAUCAAGAUCAAGAAGAUCAACUCAGAAUCAAGCCUCUGUUUUUAUGGACGAUCUGAAGCAAACAAUGGGCCCUGCUCAGUUCGACAAAUUCAUGGCUGUAAUGGGAGACGUGACACUCAUGUUUGCUAUCGAUACAACUGGGAGCAUGGCUGAUGAGAUUGACACAGCCAAACGUAUUGCAGUGGAUGUUAUAAACUAUCAACGAGAGAAUCCAGUGAGUUACAUCCUAUCGCCAUUCAAUGAUCCAACUACUGGCCCAGUGACUUUUAGAGAAACCACCGAAGGAGCAUUAUUCGUUGAUGCCAUCAACAAACUCAAAGCCACAGGUGGAGGAGACUGUCCUGAACUCACAAUGAAGGGUAUUCUAGACGCAUUGUAUGAGGGACCCGAUCCAGGUUCACCGAUGUACGUAUUUACUGAUGCCUCAGCUAAGGAUGCAACGCCAGAAAACAUCAAUGAAGUUAAAAUCAUGGCAAAGUUUUUGGGGAAAGUUGUUAUCAACUUUUUUACCACAGCUCUAUGUCGCGGGUCAAGUGUGACGGACAGUCCUUUCAUGCAAAUAGCUGAAGCCACUUCCGGUCAAAUGCUCAGUCUCACCAGUGCAACAGAGCUACAAAAUCUCAAUGGCUUUACCGGAAGUGUUCUUGGAGGAUCCACUAUCAUCAACUCUGGGUGUAAUAUCUUCAACCGCAAGAAGAGAGCAGCUUUGACAGCUAGUAGGUACAGCAUCAAGAUUGAUGACUCGAUAGGCAAUAUGUCGAUCUGUGUCACCACAGACCGUCCAAAUCAGGGAGCAGCAAUCUCUCUGACAGAUUCUCAAGGUGUAACGAUUACAUCCGGCAAAGUCUCCAUGUCCAAGGUUUCAAUCUACGAGAUUGCGAGUCCCAGAGUAGGGACCUGGACCCUAGUCAUUCCUCCCAGUGCUGGUAUGCAUAAUUACUUUGUCAAGUCCAACAGCGACCAAAAUAUAGACUUUGACUACUAUUUUCUGAUGCUCAUAAAAAAGCCUGCUUCUGAAGUCCCCGUGACGGAUCCUCUGAUAGGGGAAAACAGCAAAGUUGUUAUAACGUUAGCAGGCAACGAAAAAACCCGUAAGAACUCAGUUGUUCUGGAACUGAUCACAAAGUAUGGCAAACACAUACGAGACCUCCAACUGACGCCUGACAGCAGAGGAGUGCGCUAUACAGCAACCUUCACCCCACCCUCCCGACCCUUCAAGCUAAAAAUCAAAGGUACAACAAAAAGAGGCAACCCGUUUGAAAGAAUCUCUCGCAGUAUCGUCGAGCCAAAACACGUCCAACUCAGAGUCCUCCAUUCUGCUAAUGACUUCACAUUACGCAGAGGAACGAGCUCCACAGUCACGUUCCAUCUUUACAACUCCGCCAAUGUGAACAAGAGGGUAAAGAUUAAUGUCAAAGACCGGCUUGGUUACGCAAGAAUAAAUGGUUUAAAAGUUCGAACCAUCAGGCGAGGACGGUGGGCGUUCUUCAGUGUUUUAUUCAGGACCCCGAUGAGCGCUGCUAUCGGAACAUGUGACACGGCGUUUAUCUCAGUGUCUGUCAAUAAUGGUGCUGAGAUCGUCUCUCAGCCUGUUCAGCUGAUUGUGAUCAAGUAAAUCGAGUUGGACUAUUACAGUCUGCAUACCAAUAGUUUGAAAUACACUGACUAUGCUCAUGAUUUUAUAGAGGGUGAGGAUGGGGUUUAAUAGUUAACUGACAAUUGGCCUAAAAAUAAGUAGUUAACUUACGAAUAACCUAAAAUUAGUAGUAAACAGUUAGAGUGAAGGCAUUUAACCCGUGAAAUAAAAAUUAUUAGUCAACGUGUAAUAGUCAAAUAGAUACAAAAGAAAACAAUGGUAUAAGGUCUACUAAUGUGUGUUAGUCUAAUAUCUAUUUCACGGGUUUAAUAACUUCACUCUUUAUGAUAUUUCAUUACUUGGGUUUAUAUUAUGGUCAGCGCUUGUAAAGCUUUUAACAGAUAACUGGCAAUUGGCUUAAAAUCAGUAGUUAACGUUUAAUCGGGUGCCCCAUCGAUGGACGCCCUUUAUAGGUAGAUUAUGAUGUUUAGAACAGUCAGCGAACCUGCAAACAGCCAUGUGUGUGAAGUAGAACAUGAAAUAUAGAUACAGCGAAAAGAUAGGAGAUUAAAGACUUUCGCAAAGUCCGACGCCCUCGUUUCGGUUGAAUAAAAACCUCCAUGAGAAACAAGAGAGGUCGAAUUGGAACAGUCUAGGAGACAUGUCACAUAGAUUCACACACAUUCUUGAUUGCGCAUCUUCCCUACGUUACCUUACCCUACCUUCAUGUACUGACAGGGGGUAAUCUGAUGUGUAUAACACCGGUGAAAUUCGACGUUUACUAAAUGACAUUAGGGACGGACCAUUAGAUUUAUAUUGAGGGGGCGGAGAAUUCACGAAAUUAAAGAGCAAGCAUUUCACCUACGAAAACAAUAUCGCGAAACCUCUACUUUCCGAAAAGAUCGAGCAAAAAUCUUUAAAAAAAUGGGUGCCCAUGGGUUUUUACGAAACAAUAUAUAUCGUGCAGCAUAAAUUCCUGUGACUUUCCCCUAAUUAUCUAAUAGUCCAUCCGUUAUGACAUUUGUGAUAUAAUAUUGUAAUCAUAAACCAAAUGACGUCAUUGUAUUCUUGCCAAACACGUCCGGGCCCGUAAUAUAAUACUAAUGUCUAUAUGCACAAAUAAUUGUUUGGGAAGCACAACCCCGUAACAGAAAAUAUCAAUGAGUGUUGCAAUUAAAUGUGCCAGAAACUC